UGUAGCUGUCGUCGCCGUGUCAGUGUUUCACGGAGUCCUAAACCCUAAACCCUAAAAAUAAAAUCUACAGCAAAGUUAACCCUAGUGCAGGACUGCUCGUCGCUUGCCUCAAACACAGACCAUAUCUACGCUGCUCGUCUGCUCCAGCCUAUCUAGCAAUAAUUUGACGACGCUAGCCACUAGCGACGACUGCCAAUUUGCGAAUUGUCCUGGAUCUUUCUAUGAAUUGAACGUAAUACCUUGGGAGAAAAUCUUUAAAAGCUCAAGGAUCACUAUUGUUAUUGUUGAUUUGGACUUACUCUUAGUGCUUUGAACUUUCAAUACUUAAUCGGCUCUCCCUCAACAAACAAAGAUGGUUAAGAAGAGCAAGAAGAGCAAGAGCAAGAGAGUAUCUUUGAAGAACAAGUACAAGGUCAUAAGGAAGGUGAAGGAACACCACAAGAAGAAAGCUAAGGAGGCCAAGAAGGCACAGAAGUCGGGUCCCCACUGCAAGAAGGUUGAGAAGGACCCUGGUAUCCCCAAUGAAUGGCCCUUCAAGGAACAGGAACUCAAGGCUCUCGAAGAUCGACGUAAUCGAGCCCUUGAGGAACUGGAGCAGAAGAAAGCUGCCCGCAAAGAGAGGGCUAAGAAGAGAAAGUUGGGGCUCCUUGAAGAUGAUGAUUUGUCAAAACUAGCAGACAUGGCUUCUGUGAAAGAGCAAAAGUUUGUUGGGGAAACUAUUGAUGACGGUUUUGCAGCAAUUGGUAAAAAGCACGAUAACUCGGAUCGGGCUUUCUACAAGGAAUUAGUCAAAGUUAUUGAAGCUUCUGAUGUCAUUUUGGAAGUCCUUGAUGCCAGAGAUCCACUUGGUACUCGUUGCAUUGACAUGGAAAAGAUGGUUAUGAGAUCAGGACAUGAGAAACAUCUUGUCUUGCUCCUUAAUAAAAUUGAUCUAGUCCCAAGGGAAGCUGUUGAAAAGUGGCUCAAGUAUCUUCGGGAGGAAUUACCAACAGUUGCUUUUAAAUGCAACACCCAAGAGCAGAAGUCAAACUUGAGUUGGAAAUCUUCAAAGGCUGGAAAGACCACCAAUCUUUUGCAGACAAGUGAUUGUCUUGGUGCUGAAACUCUUAUAAAACUGCUUAAAAACUACUCCAGAAGCCAUGAGAUAAAGAAAUCAAUCACUGUGGGGGUUAUUGGUCUACCCAAUGUUGGCAAAAGCAGUUUGAUUAAUAGCUUGAAGAGAUCACAUGUUGUUAAUGUUGGCUCUACACCAGGAUUAACCAGAUCUAUGCAAGAAGUUCAAUUAGACAAGAAUGUUAAGCUUUUGGACUGCCCUGGUGUCGUGAUGCUUAGAUCAGCUGAGAAUGAUGCAUCUAUUGCUCUUCGUAAUUGCAAGCGAAUAGAGAAGUUAGAUGACCCAAUUGGUCCAGUGAAGGAGAUUCUCAAACUCUGUCCUGCUGCAACACUGGUGACUCUGUACAAGGUUCCUAACUUCGAAACGGCAGAUGAUUUUCUUCAGAAGGUUGCCACUAUAAGGGGCAGGCUUAAAAAGGGUGGCAUUGUUGACAUUGAUGCAGCAGCCAGAAUAGUUCUACAUGACUGGAAUGAGGGUAAAAUUCCUUACUAUACAAUGCCUCCAAAACGGGAUGAGGUAGAGCAUUCAGAAGCGACGGUUGUUUCAGAAUUGGGGAAAGAAUUCAAUGUGGAUGAAGUUUAUGGCAGUGAAUGUUCAUUCAUUGGCAGCCUCAAGUCUGUUAAUGAAUUAAACCCAGUUGAGGUCCCAUCUAACUGUCCAGUUAGUUUUGACGAGAACAUGGUUGAGAACAAUCCUCAACCACCACCGACUAACAGUGAAGAAGAUCAUCAACUCGCUGAUAAUGGAGAUGAACCCAUGGGUUUGGGAGAAGAGGAUUUAGGCGCAACGAGAACCAAAACUGGCAGUAGCAAACAAAAUGAGAGGUUAUACAGUGAGGAGGGUAUGCUUAAUACCAAAUUGAGAAAAGCCGAGAAAAGGAGAAGGAAGAAAGAGAAGGAGCCGUCGUCAAUGAUGGAAGAUGAUGGUGAUUAUGAUUUCAAGGUAGAUUAUGUGAAAAGCAGCAGCAGCAACUCAGCAAUGGAUGUAAGUGAGAACAACAUUGUCAUUGCUGAUGAUGAUAGUAAUAGAAACAGAUUUGAGCUACCUUCUGGGGUUACAUUGGAGAACGAAUAAUUGAAAUUUUGAUUGGAGAAUUUUUGUAGGAAAAUUUUGAAUUUUAACUUGAUUAGAUUUAAUAUAAUUAGGGAUUUGGAGAGUUUAUUUAUUCAAAUUGGUGAACCAUUUUUCUGCAAAUUAGAGUUGUGUCAA